AAAAUUGACGUGAGAGGGCACUGGGUUGUCAUUAAACAUGGCGGCCUCCUUGCUAAGCAAGAGGACAGCUUUAUUCCUUGGCGUUAGUAAGUUAAACUCCUUUCUACCGGCUGUAGUCCAGCAGAUCGCGAACUAUAACCCCAGACCCCUCUGGCUGAAUAUUAAGAACCCUUACAUUCCGAAUAAAGAGAGCGAGGAGACGCCCGAGUGGCAAAAGACAGAGAAGUACGAGCGCAAGCUGUUCGGCCGCUAUGGAAGCGCGUCUGGAGUGGAGCCGGCCAAACUCUGGCCCUCUCACGCCCGGCUGGAGGAGCUGAUGGCCGAGGAGAAAGAGUGGCACCCUCCGAUCGAGGUGAUGCUGGAAAACAUCGCGGCCAGAGAGAGGGAGAAGGAGCGGAAGCGGGUGGAGAGAGAGAAGAUAAUCGCUGCAAACAUGGCCAAAAUGCCCAAGAUGAUCGCUGACUGGAAAAAGCAGAAAAGGGAGACAAAACAGAAGCAGCGAGAGGAGAAAACGAGGCGGGACAAACUGCUGGCCGAGGCCAGAGAGCGCUUCGGGUAUGCGCUGGACCCCCGCAGUGCCAAGUUCAAAGAGAUGGUCACCGAAAUAGAGAAAGAGGAGAAGAAGAAGAGAAAACUUCUGAAACGCAGAAAGAGAGAGGAAGAGCAGGGAACAGCGGCAGCAGAAUCCAGCCAGUAACCCUCAGAGAACAAGGACUUUCAGACAGUGCUACUGUACUAUAUUGUAAAAUUGAUUUCUUUGUAUGUGUGUCAUUGUGAUUAUCUCAGAGAUUGUUUGAUUGAAAUAAAAUCAGUCACUGAAACAA